AUGGCAUCAAAGUUCGCGAGAGACAGAGGUUAUGAGGAGGACCGUUUUGAAUUGCCUGUAAGUGAAAAUUUCAAAUGUGCCAUAUGUCUUAACGUCCUCAACAACCCGAAGAGUUGUCGAAACAAUCAGCAUUACUUUUGUUUUGGCUGUAUUGGUGAACAUGUUGAAAACUCUCACACGUGUCCUGAAUGUAUGGAUGAAUUAACCCCAGCAACCCUGGUUCAACCCCCAAGAGUGUUGCUGAAUUGUAUUUUAGAGUUGCGUAUUAAAUGUAACUACAGCAACCGCGGAUGCCCUGAGUAUAUUAAGCUUGGCAGUCUUCAAAACCAUGUCGAUCAAUGUGGUUUCGCACCAGCUGAAUGUUGGAAUGAAGGCUGUGGAGCUGAGGUGAAUAAGUGUGAAAAAGUCCGUCAUGAGACUGAGCUUUGUAAAUUCAGAAAGGUCGAGUGUUUUGGCUGCGGAGAAUUGAAAAAGGAAAUGAAGGAAAUGAAAAGAAAUCAGAAGAAAGCAAACAAGAAUAUGGAAGAAAAGCAGAGAGAAAUGGAUAGAAAAAUGGCUGAAGUGUCGGAGAAUCAAUUAAGAAUGAAAGAAGGUGUGAAAGAAGCGUUGAAAGAAAGCCUUGACAAGAUAGAAAGCAUUUUCAACGAUUCCCAAUUUAAUUCCCCACCAACAGAAGGUGCCCAAGCUUCGAAGUUACCUGUCGUCCGAUCACCUCGGCAGUUUGGUUCCCGAAUCAACCACGAUGUUAUUAUUAUGGGCGGAAGGAUGACAGAUGAAAAGAUCACCAAUUCUGUGGAAAAGUUCUGCUGCAAAGAAGGAAAAUGGAUUGAUGUAGCACCAAUGAUUGUGCCACGUCAAUCAGCUUCGUCUGUUGUCCUUGAUAACCAGGUUAUUGUCAGCGGAGGAUACACUGAUACUGGUCAGUCCGGUCGAAAUGAGCCUACUGUUAGUAUUGAGGUUUUGAAUCUUGAUCAAUGUCCUUUAAAAUGGAAAAUGUCUGAUGCUAAACUUCCUGUUCCUGCAGUUGGCCAUCAAACCUUUGUUUACAAGGGGAAAUUGAUUGUGAUUUGUGAAUGUCCCGAGAAUGGAAAUUUUACAAAAGAAUCUAAAAUUUUUGAAAUUCCGCUCACUCCACCACAUGCGUCUAAAGUAUUAUGUACUCUACCUGAACAGCGUUUUUUGCCCAGGGUCUACGAUUUUUAUAAAGCAGAACGUGUGAACGAGAAAGUAUUUAUUUUUGGCGGAAUAGCGAGCGAUACGAGCGGUGUUUUAAUUUACGAUCUUGUGGCAAAUGAGUGUCUGGAGAUUCCUGGCUUGCCAGUUCCUGUGUUUAACAUGGCUACAGUCCUUUGGAAGGACCAAAUUAUCUUACUGGGAGGAAAGACGAGAGUUGUAACGGAUAGGCGGCAGUGGCUUGAUGAAGUGACCAAUGAAGUUAUCAUGUUUGACACGGAGACAGGAGAAAGUGAAAUGCUGCCUGUUAUGAAACACAAAAGAAAUGGUUGUUUAGCAGUCCUUACAGAUGAUGUCAUUGUCGUAAUGGGAGGACAUUACAACUCCGUGGAAUAUUACGAUUUUCGUACGAACACGUGGCAAGCGUUUAAAGCCAUGAAGAAGAUAAGAUAUCAAGCAACCGCUGUUGUUUCUCCACUGUAA